AUUUAUACGAAAACAAUAGAAAGAGAAGAAAAAAAAGAACUAACAAAGUCGCCAACAAAGGGAAACCACUUUUGCGUCGAAGCAUCAUCAAACAAUUUUCAGUAAAUUCUAUCACAAAUCACACGAAAAAUUUGUAUAAUUUCCAUCAAUAGACAGAAAAUAUCAAAAUUUUUGCUAUAUUGGAUACAUUAAGUGAAACAAAUUUAGCAAAAUGAGCCAUCACGCAUCCACUUCCAAUAAUAAUGACAAAUCAGAACCACUCACAAAAGAAGAGUGGCAAGUUCGCUUAGAAAGUUUCGAAUUCAAACAAGCUGACAUGAAUAAGUUGAUUAUGAACUAUUUGGUGACUGAAGGGUUCAAAGAGGCAGCUGAAAAAUUUCAAGCAGAAGCUGGCGUUGAACCAUCCGUUCCACUGAAUACACUGGACAAUCGAAUUCUUAUUCGUGAAGCGGUACAAAGUGGUCGCAUUCAAGAAGCCACACAUUUGGUGAACAAAUUGCAUCCCUGGUUGCUCGAUAAUGAUCGAUAUUUGUACUUUCACUUGCAACAAUUGCACUUGAUUGAAUUGAUCAGAAAUGGAAAAAUCGAAGAAGCAUUGCAAUUUGCCCAAACUCAAAUGUCCGAGGCUGGUGAAAAGAAUGCCGAAGUUCGAACUGAAUUGGAACGAACGUUGGCAUUACUUGCUUUUGAAAAGCCCCAAAACAGUCCAUUUGCAGAUCUUUUGGAACAAUCACAUCGCCAGAAAGUGGCUAGUGAAUUGAAUGCAGCCAUUUUGAAAACACAGCACUGUGAAAAUACCAGUCCACGAAUCAUCAGUUUAUUGAAAUUGAUUUUAUGGGCACAAAAUGAACUCGACAAAAAGAAUGUCACAUACCCGAAGAUGAAUGAACUGGCAACGGCCACCAUUGAACAAAAAAAUGUUGAAUAUAUUUGAAUUGAUCAGGA